CGUUACGUAUCGACCCGGAAAUCGGCACAAACAACAGCUGAAGCUUUGGUUUCCUUGACACAUCGCUACAGCUUUAUCGACAAGGAUCACAGCGAGCAGAAUGGCCACAGACUGGUUGGGUAGUGUUGUGUCUAUAAACUGUGGGCUGACGUUGGGAGUUUAUCAGGGAGAGGUGUCAUCUGUUGAUCACACCAGCCAGACCAUCUCACUGCGACAGCCCUAUCACAACGGGAUCAGAUGUCCUGUUCCUGAGGUCACUUUCAGUGCCAUGGAUAUCAAGGAGCUGAAGUUCCUAGAUAUCCAGAACACAGUCAACAAGCCCAGCUCUGGCCAGGGAGCUGCAACAGAACCCAGCUUCAUACCACCAGGACGUCAUGGUCAGAGUAACAGCACCACUCACCCUCAUCUGACGAGCAGCAGCUCUCAUUCCAGCACUGCUCCAAUCACCAUCCUACGCAGAGCUCCUACAGGUUCAGUUAACAGCAGAGGGGCAACACAGGCAGCACCAAAGAAACCCAGUUUGAGGAAUGGAGGUGCUGGAGGCCCGAUGAGGCCAAAGGACGACGAAUGCUUCGGAGAUGGGACCGAUGAGGACCUGGACACGGACUUUGACUUUGAGGGAAAUCUGGCUCUGUUCGACAAAGCUGCCGUCUUCUCCCAGAUUGACGGGACCAACAGCAACAGCAGCAGGGCACAGCAUCACAGCAUGCCGAGCGAACAGAAACCCAUGUCCUACCGCCAUGAUGAGAAUAUUCUGCAAGUGAAACCCGUCAUAUACCGACAGAUAACAGUGCCGCAACAUGGGGGCAAAGACUACUGUACCGAUUCAGGCCUGGUGGUUCCCAGCGUGCCCUAUGAGCUUCAUAAGCGUCUACUAGCAGCUGCAGAGCGCUGGGGCCUGUCUCUAGAGCGCAGGUUGGAGACGAUAGGUGUUUGUUCCAGUCAAAUGGCUCUCACUCUGCUGGGUGGACCAAACAGACUCACCCCAAAAAAUGUCCACCAGAGGCCCACUGUGGUCCUUCUGUGUGGGCCACACAUCCAGGGAGCCCAGGGCAUCAGCUGUGGCAGACACAUGGCCAACCACGAAGUGGAGGUCAUCCUGUUCCUGCCCAACUUUCUCAAGAUGCAGGAGUCAGUCACCAGUGAGGUCAACCUUUACAGCAGGACCAGUGGCAAGCAGGUGGCCAGCGUCAAAGACCUGCCAGCUAGCCCCGUCGAUCUGGUCAUCAACUGCCUGGACUGCCACGAGAACCAACUGCUGAGGGAGCAGUCCUGGUACCAAUCAGCUGCUGACUGGGCCAACAAGAACCGGGCUCCAGUCCUAACUAUCGAUCCUGCGGUUGGCGAGCAGUGUCAGACUGUUGAGGCAAAGUGGACCCUGUCUUUGGGCCUUCCACUACCGUUAGCUGAGGCAGAGAGCAGGGUCUACCUCUGUGACAUUGGCAUCCCCAAGCUGGUCUUCCAGGAAGUUGGAAUCCGCUACCACUCACCCUUUGGAUGUAAAUUUGUUAUUCCUCUACACUCGGCAUAACAGAGAACCCACUUACAUUGCAAAUAGUUAGAAAUGGACAGUAGGAGGGAAUGGUCUGCUUUUCCAUUGGGGAAAAUGUAUCAUUGUGUAUGUGUGUGUGGCAAUAGCUGAAGAGUAGCUAUGUGUACAUGACCGAACCAAUAUUCAUCCAUCAUUACAUACAAUUUCAUGGCACGUCUGAAAGUGUAUGGUGCAGGUUUUUCCUCUAACCCGCCGGAAACUGGGAAGCUGGGAUUGCCGUGUGUUGCGUGCGACACCUCUUGUUUUUGAGAGGGAAAGGUUUCCUGUUCUUUGGUGUGUUUUGAUAAGGGCUCUGUGACUAUGUGAAUAUGUUUACAAAAUGCUGACCACUGUGAGUCUAUCUAUAACCUCUGACCCCGCGACCAGUCAGAGCAGCAGAGACACAGAUCCUGUUUCCUCCUUUAGAUUGCAUGUGGAGUCUGAUCCUGGCUCCGUGACCCCGGAGCAGAGCUCAGCAUAAAGCUGUCUGCCAGCCUAAAUCUGCCAUUCAUUCAUAUCUGCCACCGCUGAUGUCCAUGUCCAUUGUCUUUCAAUUUUCUUUUUUACUUACUUACCUUGGUAUGUUUUUGUUUGGUUAUGGUUGCAGCAUGUUUCACUGAAAAGGUGAUAUACAGAAUAUUUGUAUUUAUUUUUAGAAUACAUCUCAGGAAUAAUGAAUGAAAAAUGAAAAGACUUCAUAUUUGCAUUGACAUUACAUUUGAUAGCACUCUUUCUGCACUGUUGGGUGUCUUGAGUUUAUAAUCACCAACACUGAAAAUGAAAAGUGGUAGCGGACUCCCUGGAGGAUUAAUUUUUUUUGUAUUUUAAGUCUUGGAGAUUAGACAGGGAUUUGAAGCACACAUUCCAAGGACCAAAAACAUCUUGGGCCAGGUUUAUCACGAGGGAUUAUAUCUAGUUACUGUAGGAGUAGUUCAACGCAAUUAGUACUAUUAUUAAACAGUUUCCAUUUGACACAGAUUUAGCCACCUUCAGUGAAAUAACCACUCCAACAAACUUUCUCUUUUUGUCAGCAUAUAGAUCAUCUGUUAAAACCUCAGAUCAGCAAAAUGUCAAAUUUAGAAGAACAAAGAAAACAGCCUUAUUUUCAGACUGGCAGCUAUGCACUUGGACACAGGUCGUGUUUUUAAGACCUCUUUAAGUCCUUGAACUUGUCAUGAACUUAUUUUCUGACUGUGUACAAUACAGUACUUGAGGUAAAAACAUGAGAAUAAAAAAACUGUAGUCAUAAGUUAUAUAUGGCAGAGGGUUCUCACUUAACCAAUUUCUACAGUUUGGAUUUAUUGAAUCCUUUAAUGCACUCCACCAAACAGCAGUCUCUCAACACAUUUUUUGCUAAUGUGUGAUGGUGGGGUGAUUUUUUUUUUU